GGCUACAGUUUCUUCUAUCUCGUAGUUGUUUCCCACUGUGCAGACUCUAUCACCAGUUCUGUGUUCUGUUUCUGUGGAGAUUGGGCACGAGACACUGCCAUGGUCCUUGGAGCUGCUCUUCCUGGACUUGUGUUUUUAAUGUUGCAGAGGACCUGGGCACAGUAUGGGCCACCACUCCAGCCUUCCAUGUGGGCAGUUCCAGGAGCUGUGGUUUCCAAAGGUAGUGAUGUGACCAUCUUCUGCAGGAUCCUUGCAGGAGCGACCAUUGUGCGCCUAGCCCGUAUUGCACCCAGUACUGUGUGGUAUGAUGGUACCCCACAGGGAACCCAGGAGGUGUUUGAAUUCAGUCUGAAGAAUAUAAUACAGAGUAAUGCUGGGCAUUACUACUGUGAAUACUUUAGGGGAGAUGAAUCUUCACGAAGUAGUGACAGUCUGGAGCUGGUGGUGACAGGCAUUUACAAUGAGAAGCCAUUCCUUUCUGCUGAUGCAGGACCUCAGGAAAUCUCAGAAAGAAAUGUGACUCUCCUCUGUCACACGCAUUCUUCCUUUGACACCUUCAUCCUCUGCAGAGGUGGAAAUGCCUCCUUUCCCCAGAGCUGCUUACGUCAGGACCACAACACAUUUCUCAUCUCCCCUGUGAGGCCAGGGCACAGGAGGACCUACAUAUGCUUUGCCUCUCUCAAACACAGUUCCUACUUGUGGUCACUGCCUAGUGAUCUGCUUGAGUUUUCAAUCCCAGUGUUUUUAAUGGUUCAGAAGAUCUGGGCACAGCAUGGGUCACCACCCCAGCCUUCCAUCUGGGUCAGUCCAGGAGUUGUGGUUUCCACAGGCAGUGAUGUGACCAUCUUCUGCAGGACCCUUCCAGGAGUGACCACUGUGCGUCUAGCCUGUCUUGCACCCAGUACUGUGUGGUAUGAUGGUACCCCACAGGGAGCCCAGGAGGUGUUUGAACUCAGUCUGAAGAAUAUAACACAGAGUAAUGCUGGGGUUUACUUCUGUGCAUACUUUAAUGGAAGUCAAUGGUCACGAAAUAGUAACAAUCUGGAACUGGUGAUAACAGGUGUUUACAAUGAGAAGUCAUUCCUUAGUGCUGAUUCAGGACCUCAGGAAAUCUCAGAAAGAAAUAUGACUCUCCUCUGUCACACGCAUCCUUCCUUUGACAUCUUCAUCCUCUGCAGAGGUGGAAGUGCCUCCUUUCCCCAGAGCUGCUCACGUCAGGACCACAGCACAUUCCUCAUCUCCCCUGUGAGCCCUGGGAACAAGAGGACUUACAGAUGCUUUGGCUCUCACAAACAAACUUCCUACUUGUGGUCACUGCCUAGUGAUCUGCUUGAGUUUUCAAUUCCACAAUCUUCUACAUCAGAUUGCAGAUUAGAGAAUCACAUUCGGCUCAUCCUGGCUAUCGUCAUCCUGUUAGGUCUUGGGGUUCUACUGCUGGAUGCUUGCAACAGCAGAGAGAGCCCAUGAUGCCUUCAGAGAGUCCUAACCUGAGAGCCCAGCUACCCCUUCCUACACCUCAUCAAUGUUGGGAGGAGGGAGCUGCUUUUUGGUUCCCAGCUGCU